AUGGAACAACAUGAGGGCCAUUGGUACUAUAUUGAUCCCAAUCAAACCUACGAGCCGAUGCGGCCAUCUUUCAAGCAAGACUUGCUAAGGAUAUAUGCUCUGGACUCGGUAUCCAACUCAGUCGCCAGAACGAAUCCAGAUGGCAAAAAAGGAGUUAAGCUGAGGAAAUCAUAUAAGAAUCAUAUAACGGAGUUACCCGGAAAGCAUGAUAUACCCAAAGACCGCGAUCUAUCGCCGCUGGUAUUUGGGCCACCCAGAGAAGGAGUUCAGCCUGAGAUCAAGACCUUCGAUAUCGAGGAGCUGAAAAGUUUGGUCUCCUUCGAGCGUUCCUCAAUUAACGGGAUUCCGGGCUUUGAUCCUUCCAAGCUGGCAAUGGAAGACAAAAUGUCGCCUGGAAGCGACAAGAAGGCCAAGAAAAGAACAAACACAGCCUCUCCACCGGUCAAUGCGGAUAACAAAAGGAGACAUGUCCAGGUCCAUUUCGAUUAG